GGUCAUGAAUGUAGGUUUUAUUUAGAAGCAUGACCACUUGUCACUGCUCAGUGUCAUAUUAUCAGGCAGAGACUUACCAACAUUUGUCUAGAGUGAGCAUUUUCAUACUUGCAAACACAGACAAGGGGAAGCUUUUAUCCGGACGGAGGAUUUAGCCUUUUGCUCCGCAGAACUCACUUUGGCCAGUGGGAGCUUCAUGGUGGUGGCCGAAGCGCCGUGUGCCCUGAGGAUGGCGGAGGACAGCGGGGCCGACACGGACCUCCCAGACUGUACCUGCGAUGUCACAAGGAUAAAGAAGCUGAAGGAGACUCUAGUCGCCGUACAGCAGCUCGAUAAGAACAUGAGCAGCCUGAGGACGUGGCUGGCUCACAUCGAGUCCGAGCUGGCCAAGCCCAUAGUCUAUGAUUCCUGUGACUCAGAAGAAAUACAGAGGAAGCUUAAUGAGCAGCAGGACCUGCAGAGAGACAUAGAGAAGCACAGCACGGGCGUGGCCUCUGUCCUCAACCUGUGCGAGGUCCUGCUGCACGACUGCGACGCGUGUGCCACCGACGCCGAGUGUGACUCCAUCCAGCAGGCCACACGCAACCUGGACCGGCGGUGGAGAAAUAUCUGCGCGAUGUCCAUGGAAAGAAGGCUCAAAAUUGAGGAGACAUGGCAAUUGUGGCAGAAGUUUCUGGAUGACUAUUCGCGUUUUGAAGAUUGGCUCAAGACUUCCGAGAGGACAGCUGCCUUCCCCAGCUCUUCUGGGGUGCUCUAUACAGUUGCCAAGGAAGAACUGAAGAAAUUUGAGGCUUUCCAGCGGCAGGUGCACGAGAGCCUGACCCAGCUGGAGCUGAUCAACAAGCAGUACCGCCGCCUGGCCAGGGAGAACCGCACCGACUCCGCGUGUCGCCUGAAGCAGAUGGUCCACGAAGGCAACCAGAGAUGGGACAACCUGCAGAGGCGCGUCAGCUCCAUCCUGCGCAGACUCAAGCAUUUCAUCGGCCAGCGGGAGGAGUUCGAGACGGCGCGGGACAGCAUCCUGGUGUGGCUGACGGAGAUGGACCUACAGCUCACUAACAUUGAGCAUUUCUCCGAGUGCGACGUCCACGCGAAAAUAAAGCAACUCAAGGCCUUUCAGCAGGAAAUUUCGCUGAACCACAGCAAGAUUGAGCAGAUCAUCGCCCAAGGAGAACAGCUGAUUGAAAAGAGCGAGCCCUUGGACGCGGCAGUCAUCGAGGAGGAGCUGGACGAGCUGCGGCGCUACUGUCAGGAGGUCUUCGGGCGCGUGGAGAGAUACCACAAGAAGCUGAUCCGCCUGCCUCUCCCAGACGAUGAGCGCGACCUCUCUGACCGGGAGCUGGAGCUGGACGACUCUGCAGCUCUCUCUGACCUCCGCUGGCAGGACACCUCCGCGGACAGCGUGCUGUCCCCCCAGCCUUCCUCCAACCCCUCCCUCUCCCUCGCCCAGCCCCUCCGGAGCGAGCGGUCAGGACGAGACACCCCGGCCAGCGUGGACUCCAUCCCCCUGGAGUGGGACCAUGACUACGACCUCAGCCGUGAUCUGGAGUCUGCCGUGUCCAGAGCUCUGCCCUCUGAGGAUGAAGAGGGCCAGGAAGACAAAGAUUUCUACCUCAGGGGAGCUGCUGGCCUACCAGGGGAUCCCAGUGCCUUAGAGUCGCAGAUCCGACAACUGGGCAAAGCCCUGGAUGACAGCCGCUUUCGGAUGCAGCAAACAGAAGAUAUCAUCCGCAGCAAAACGCCCACAGGGCCAGAGCUGGACGCCAGCUACCGAGGCUACAUGAAGCUGCUGGCCGAGUGCAGCAGCAGCAUAGACUCGGUGAGGAGGCUGGGGCACAAGCUGAAGGAGGAAGAGGAGAGCUUCCCCGGCUUUGUGAACCUGGACGGCACCGAAGCCCAAACCGCCGGUGUGAUCGACCGAUGGGAGCUCAUCCAGGCUCAGGCCCUGAGCAAGGAGCGGAGGAUGAAGCAGAACCUCCAGAAGUGGCAGCAGUUCGGCUCUGACCUGAACAACAUCUGGACCUGGCUGGGGGCCACGGAGGAGGAACUGGAGCGGCUCCGGCGCCUGGAGCUCAGCACUGACAUCCAGUCCAUCGAGCUCCAGAUCAAAAAGCUCAAGGAGCUCCAGAAGGCCGUGGACCACCGCAAAGCCAUCAUCCUGUCCAUCAACCUGUGCAGCUCCGAGUUCACCCAGACCGGCAGUGAGGAGAGCCGGGACCUGCAGGACCGCCUGUGCCGGAUGAACGCGCGCUGGGACCGGGUGUGCGCGCUGCUGGAGGAGUGGCGGGGCCUGCUCCAGGACGCUCUGAUGCAGUGCCAGGAUUUUCACGAGAUGAGUCACGGCUUGCUUCUCAUGCUGGAGAACAUCGACAGAAGAAAGGAUGAAAUGGUUCCCAUCGAUGCUCACCUCGCAGCGGAGGUUCUUCAGGACCAUCACAAGCAGCUCACGCAAAUAAGGCAUGAGCUACUGGAGUCCCAACUCAGAGUGGCCUCACUGCAAGACAUGUCUGGCCAGCUGUUGGUGAAUGCUGAAGGCACAGACUGUUUAGAAGCCAAAGAAAAAGUCCAUGUGAUUGGAAAUCGGCUCAAACUGCUCUUGAAGGAGGUCAGCCGUCACAUCAAGGAGCUGGAGAAGUUAUUGGACAUGUCAAGCUGUCAGCAGGAUUUGUCUUCCUGGUCGUCUGCUGACGAACUGGACACCUCGGGAUCUGUGAGUCCUGCGUCGGGAACAAGCACCCCAAACAGACAGAGAACGCCACGAGGCAAAUGUAGUCUCUCACAGCCUGGACCCUCUGUCAGCAGCCCACAUAGCAGGUCCAUAAGAGGUGGCUCCGAUUCCUCCCCUUCUGAGCCUCGGCCCGCCCGGCGGGGCCGCUCUUUCCUGCACCGAGUGCUCCGGGCGGCCCUCCCGCUUCAGCUGCUCCUGCUGCUCCUCGUGGGGCUCGCCUGCCUGGUACCCAUGUCGGAGCAGGACUACAGCUGCGCCCUCUCCAACAACUUCGCCCGCUCAUUCCACCCCAUGCUCAGAUACACCAACGGGCCGCCGCCGCUCUGAACCAGGCGGCCGCCGCCUGCAGCGCGCUGGGCUGGCAGCGAGGACGGCUCGGCCCACAGCGUCCCGGGCUAGCGAACGGAGGGCCCGGGUGUCCGGAUCAUGGCUUCGGAGGCGGAUAGACCACGGCAGGGAGAGCAAAGGCAGAAGGUCUGGAAGAAGCAUUGUUUGAAACCCUGAGCCUCGGUACUAAAGAGAUGCAGAGCCUCCGGGCCCCUGGGCGCCUGGCCUCCGGCCCGCUCGGUGCACACCCGGGACGCAGGGCGCCGUCGGGCCCUUUCCCACCGUGUGCCCCCUUCGCUGAGCGCCACCGCUCAGUGCCACGCUGGCACCGAGCAGCCUCCCAACCAGGCAGUGCUGGAGGUUCGGGAACCUUGUAACAUACAGUUUUUCAGAGUCACGUGGCAGCUUUCCUUUCACUUUGUUUUUCUUUGGGGCAUGAUGUUCUAAGCUUUGCUUUAGAAGCACAAGCUGUAAAUCUAAAAGGCACUUUUUUUAAAAGUCUAAAGAAAAACUGGAUGUAAUAAAAUCAUGGAAGGAUUUAUGUGAAAAAAAGUUGAAUGUUAUAGUAAAAAAAAAAAAAAAAGAUAUUUAUGUAUGUACAGUUUGCUAAAGCCAAGUUUUGUUUGUAUUGAUUUCAUUGCAUUUAUUAUAGAUACUAUAAAGUA